UGUGACCUGGCAACCAAACAGCAGCACACAGACGCGUUCAUCUGGCAGAUACCACAAAAAAAAUAAUAAUUACAAAGCAAAAACUUAGCUUGCUCUCUUCUUCUGUAAAGUAUAGAUUCAGUUUGAUAAUAGGUUAAGAUAAACAUGUCGAUGCGGACGUUGCCACUGCUCUUUAUUAAUCUCGGCGGGGAGAUGCUGUAUAUACUGGAUCAGCGACUACGAGCACAAAAUAUACCGGCAGAUAAAGCCAGGAAAGCUGAUUGGACAGCUGGAGACAGGAGAAGAGUUAUGAACGACAUCAUCACUACAAUGUUCAAUAAGACAUUUAUGGAAGAACUGUUCAAACCUCAAGAGCUCUACUCAAAGAAGGCACUGAGGACUGUGUUUGAUCGACUAGCCCAUGCCUCUAUUAUGAGGCUAAACCAGGCUAGUAUGGAUAAGCUCUAUGAUCUCAUGACAAUGGCUUUUAAAUACCAGGUACUGCUAUGCCCAAGGCCUAAAGACAUUUUAUUAGUCUCAUUCAAUCACAUGGAUGCAAUCAAAGAUUUUAUCCGGGACUCGCCUAGCAUUUUUAACCAGGUGGAUGAGAUCUUUCGUCAGCUCAUAGAGAUGUACAGCAGUCUCCCCGCUGGUGAGUUUCAGCUCAUCAGACAGACACUGCUCAUCUUCUUUCAGGACAUGCACAUCAGAGUGUCAAUUUUUCUGAAAGAUAAAGUACAGAAUUCCAAUGGUCGCUUUGUGUUGCCAACCUCAGGGCCCGUUCCAUAUGGAACUCAGAUCCCAGGACUUAUCAGAAUGUUUAAUUACAAUGGUGAUGAAGUGAAAAAAUCAGAGUUCCCAAAUGGUGGAAACUACACCAGUCCUCUUCAGGAAGGAUCGUUUGAUCUGUAUGGAGGCAGAGUACUAAAACUUGGAACAAACAUGUACAGUGUCAGCCGUCCUGUUGAGACUCACAUGUCAGGAACAUCCAAGAGUUCUGCAUCACACGCUAAGGAGAAUGCUGCCCCAAACCCGCUUGCUAAAGAAGAAUUGAACCUGUUGGCAAGACUUAUGGGGCAUCUAGAAGUGAAGAAGACUACUGGAUCAGAGUCAGGUUUCCGGGUAAACCUUUUCUCAACGGAUGAGGAAGAAGAGGAGGCUGCAAUAUUAAGACCUUCAGAAUUUUCUUACCAGUUCAUCAACAUACAGGCUACACAGGACCAACAAUCAAAUGAAGAGCUCGCUCGAAUCAUGGGGGAGUUUAAAGAAGAAGAUACAGUCAGCCAGAGCCCCUGCAGCAAGGGAGAUGAUCUUCUUGCCAUGAUGGAUGGACUGUAAUGUUGUUGUGAACAAGAGACCUUGUCAUCCGUACACAUUGUAUUGCUUCACUUUGCAAAAUGACAUGCUGCUAGGUUUUUCAUACUGUUCUAUAGGUGAAUCCUGUAAAAACACCCUAUUUGGGUGCCUAUUUGGUAAAAAGGGUAUGAAGCUAAUUGUCCCUACAGACAAGAUAGGUUAUCAAGUAAUACUGUUUUUUUUUUUUACUUUAUUAUUAUUAUUAUUAUUAUUAUUAUUAUUAUUAUUAUUAUUGUCAAACAAAAGGUUAAACUAUUGAAGAAUAAUGUAGACAAAAAUCAAGGGAUUCUAUUUUUGUUUAAAAUUGAAUCUGAUAUGGGGCACUGCAGAUUAACAGGGGAGAGAGCACAGUUGUUUUAAUGUGUAUUCUUUAAUCAGUGGCAGAGACAAAGACAGACUUGUGCAGGAUAACCCCAAACCAGUUGUGCAGGAUACCCAAAUAAACCAGUUUUUAUGUAUAACUGGUACUUUAUUUGGUGCCAGUUUUAAACACAUACGUUAUGUUUUACAGUAUUUUGAAACAGUAGUUAGCAGAUAACCGUUAACAAUCUGUACAGUGUUUUGGGGAAUAAAGAUGUUUUUGAUUGUACCUCUAUACUACCACUUUAUUCACAGAUGAUCUUUGUAGCAUAGCCACUUGUUCCUAGAGUGGAAAAAAAUGAUUUAUUCUUAACACACACUAAUGCCUGCCUUUGGACCUCACUGGUCUACAAAACAAAUGGUACCACAGACUGCCAUGCAAUAUCCUCAGGAUAUUAGUUUGUAUAAAGUUAUGUACAGCUGUAAAUGCAAUAUUUUAAACUCCCUUUGCCUCCUUGUUUCAUGAUGUUGCUGGUGCUGUAAACUAAAAUACAGUGAUUUGCAAGUGGUGAAAGAACGAAGCAAGCCCACUAAAAGACAAUAAUAAUUGUAUAUUUGAUUGUGAUGCUGCAGCAAAGAUCACCUGAACGCUGGCAUACAUGUUAACACGGCAUCAAUCCCACCACCGCUGAUACUACAUGGAUACAAUAAAAAAAUUGGUAUAUGAAUUUACAAAAUGUAUAGUAGUUUGUGAUUAUGUAGAUUUGCUUUUGUAAGAAACUAUGUUUUAAUAAAAUAAAAUGCUUUCAAUUUGUUGUGAA